AUGGCACCAGUGUUCCCAUUACACAACGCUCGCCAGCCCCACGUGGCUUUCGAUAAGGUGUUGCGCACCCGGAUGCAGCAGGAACGCGUCACGUUUACGGAAAAUCUUCGCGAGUACUGCCUCAACACGACCAUUCACGGGCUGAAGUACAUCGGGACGGUAUCGUUGACGCUGUGCGAAAGGGCGUACUUUUUCCUCACAUUUCUCGUUGUGACCGCGUGCUCGAUUUACUUCAUCUCGAAGGUGUACAUCAAAUGGCAAUCGUCACCGAUCAUCAUCGGGCUCAACCCGAUAGCGACACACAUCAAGUACAUCCCGUUUCCGGCGGUCACGAUCUGCAACAUGAACCAGGUACGGCGGGAGGCGGCCGAACGGAUCGAAGCCCACACGCUGGAGCAGUCGGUGCUGCAAAGCAUUUGCUCGAUCGACGGCGAUUUCAACGUGACCCAGUACGAAGGGAAGUGGACCGCAGUGAAGAAGUUGCUGUUGAGUGCAACGCAACCCUGUGCGGGUAUGCUGAAAGCCUGCCGGUACGCGAAGCAGCCGGAAAAGUGCACGGAAAUUUUCCAAUCCGUCUUCACCGACGAGGGUCUGUGCUGUACGUUCAACACACUCGAUACGGUGUACAUGUUCCGCAAUGCGACCGCGCCGAACAUCUUUCCCACGGAGGUUAGCAGCGGCAGUGGACGAUUCCGACCGAUACUUUGGACACCGGAGCAAGGAUACGCGGAGCAUCCAUCCAACUCGACCUAUCCGCGCGUUAUUGCCGGUACGGGGGUCGGAAUGGGGCUGGCGAUCGUACUCGAUGCGAACGUGAGCGAUUACUUCUGUUCGUCCACCUCAUCGACGGGUUUUAAGAUCAUUUUCCACAGCCCCACCGAAACUCCGAAGAUUACCGACUACGCGCAGUACAUACCGGUCGGUUCCGAGAACCGGAUCAUCAUCACGCCGAAGAUCAACGAUGCGGCUGAUCAGAUACGCAAGGUGGCACAGGCCCAGCGGCAAUGCGUGUUCGCUAGCGAGGCCAACCUGUCCUACUACAGUGUGUACUCGCGCAACAACUGCGAGCUGGAGUGUGAGGCAAAGUUGAUACUGGAAAACUGUGGCUGCGUGCUGUACUAUCUGCCGAAGCUGUACGAGGAUACGAAAAUUUGCAGCCGUGCCAAUGCACGCUGUUACGAGCAGAUACGUAGCUCGAUCGCAUUCACCGCAAACACAAGCCUAUCCUGUACCUGUUUGCCCGGGUGUUUCGAGAUCAGUUACAUACCGGAUGUAACGACGGCGGAACUGCAGGUCGGUCUGUUCGGCAUACGGGAAACCUUGCUGGAUGAUGUAAAGGACGAGCAGUACGCGAAGAAUAACCUGGCGUUGGUGUACAUCUUCGUAAAGGAUACCUACUAUCGGAGCUUUACCAAGGGCGAGCUAGUGGGCUUCACCGAUUUUCUCUCGAAUGUCGGUGGACUGUUGGGGCUAUUCCUGGGAUUUUCUAUCAUAUCACUCAUCGAGGUAAUCUACUUCGUAACGCUCCGACCUUACUGCGCAAAACGGAAGCAAAUACGCACCAUCCUAAAGGAGCACAAUUCUGAGACUAACACUCUAAAUGCCGCCCGAAAUGAUCUUCUUUGGUUUGGUACCAAACCUCCCGCAACGGUGGUUCAAUUUCUCGGCCGAACAAAUGACCAUGAUUACGCUAACGACCAUCAGUUACAACCUGGACACAAUGCAAUGGUAAAAGAGUACACCACUAAGCUUAAACAUCUUGUUCACUCUCGACUGCAACAGGCUAACGCGUGGAUGCGCAACACGUUUCGUUCGCGACGAAAUCAGCUCGGCCGUGGGUUCGGACAGGAACGUACCGGAACGUCCUAUCCGUUCUACGAUUGA